UCAAUUUGACAUUUUUCCUGUCACUCAUUUCACAAUGUCCAAAAAAUAACGGGCUACCUCUAGACUAGACUCUGCAUCGUGAUUCUUCUUAUAUAUUUUCAUAUGCCGGCUUUUUUCAAUUAAACCUAAAAAUGCAUUUCACUUUAGCAACAAAAUUUUGCAAACCAUCAGUAGCUAGAAAUGUUGUCUCCAGAUGUUUUUCCAGUCCUCCAAAAGUUGAAAAGACUAUAAAUAAUGUCACUAUUCUUGGACGCGUUGGGGCUGAUCCCCAACUAAAAGGCAACAAGGAACAUCCCGUGGUCACGUUUUCUGUGGCUACACACAACAAUUACAAAUAUGAGAAUGGUGACUGGGCUCAACGCACUGACUGGCAUCGCGUGGUUGUCUUUAAGCCAGCUCUGCGAGACACUGUCAUGGAAUACCUCAAAAAAGGUCAGCGGACACUGGUUCAAGGCAAAUUAACUUACGGCGAGAUUACAGAUCAACAAGGCAGCCAAAGACCUAGCACAAGUAUCAUCGCCGAUGAUAUCAUCUUCUUCAGAGAGAAUCAAACUCAGAGCUAAGAUAGCUCCUAGUCCAUUUCCAUGCUUUCAUAGUUGUUGAUUCCAUUUCGCAUUAAAGUGUUUUGUUACGUCAUUGAAAUAAGUUUUCGAUAAAAUUUGAGUUUUGAUU